CACAGCAAUUCUAAAGACAUGCAUCGGAGGCACGCGACCCUUCGGGAGAAGGGCCGGCGCCAGGCCAUCCGGGGCCCUGCCUACAUGUUCAACGAGAAAGGCACCAGCCUCACUGCAGAGGAGGAGCAUUUUCUCGAUUCUGCAGAAUAUGGCAACAUUCCUGUUGUGCGAAAAAUGCUGGAGGAAUCCAAAACCUUGAACUUCAAUUGUGUCGAUUACAUGGGACAAAACGCCCUCCAGCUGGCCGUAGGGAAUGAGCACCUGGAAGUGACAGAGCUGCUCCUCAAGAAGGAGAAUCUCGCCCGAGUCGGGGAUGCACUUCUGUUAGCCAUCAGUAAAGGGUACGUGCGCAUCGUGGAAGCAAUAUUGAACCACCCGGCCUUCGCACAGGGACAGCGCCUCACACUCAGCCCUCUCGAGCAGGAACUGAGGGAUGAUGACUUUUAUGCGUACGAUGAAGAUGGAACUCGGUUCUCCCAUGACAUUACCCCCAUCAUACUUGCUGCCCACUGCCAGGAGUAUGAAAUUGUUCACAUCUUACUUCUAAAAGGUGCACGGAUUGAAAGGCCACAUGACUAUUUUUGCAAGUGCAAUGAAUGUAUGGAAAAGCAGAGGAAAGACUCCUUUAGUCACUCUCGCUCAAGAAUGAAUGCCUACAAAGGAUUAGCCAGUGCUGCUUAUUUGUCUCUGUCCAGUGAAGACCCUGUCCUUACUGCUCUAGAGCUUAGCAAUGAACUGGCCAGGCUAGCCAACAUUGAAACUGAAUUUAAGAAUGACUACAGGAAGUUAUCUAUGCAAUGCAAGGACUUUGUUGUGGGGGUGCUGGACCUGUGCAGAGACACUGAAGAAGUGGAGGCUAUUCUGAAUGGAGAUGUGAACAUCCAACUGUGCCCUGAGCACCACCGGCCAAGUUUGAGCAGGAUUAAACUUGCUAUUAAAUACGAGGUCAAAAAGUUUGUUGCUCACCCCAACUGCCAGCAGCAACUGCUCACCAUGUGGUACGAAAACCUCUCAGGCUUACGGCAGCAAUCCAUAGCUGUGAAGUUCUUGGCUGUUUUUGGGGUUUCCAUCGGGCUGCCCUUCCUUGCCAUAGCCUACUGGAUUGCUCCCUGCAGCAAGCUGGGACGUACCCUUCGAAGUCCUUUCAUGAAGUUUGUGGCUCAUGCAGUUUCUUUCACAAUCUUCCUUGGACUGUUAGUAGUGAACGCCUCAGAUCGGUUUGAAGGAGUCAAAAAUCUCCCCAAUGAGACCAUCACGGAUCAUCCAAAACAAAUAUUCAGAGUCAAAACAACCCAGUUCUCAUGGACAGAAUUGUUGAUCAUGAAGUGGGUACUGGGUAUGAUAUGGUCAGAGUGCAAGGAGAUCUGGGAAGAGGGUCCACGUGAAUAUGUGGUGCAUCUCUGGAACCUGCUGGACUUUGGGAUGCUGUCCAUCUUCGUGGCAUCAUUCACUGCCAGGUUCAUGGCUUUUCUUAAAGCCUCUGAGGCACAGCAGUACGUAGAUCAGUACGUUCAAGAUGAUGACCUCAACAAUGUCACCCUUCCCCCUGAAGUUGCUUACUUCACCUAUGCCAGGAACAAGUGGCUCCCCUCGGAUCCCCAGAUCAUUUCAGAAGGCCUGUAUGCCAUAGCUGUGGUACUCAGCUUCUCCCGCAUUGCUUACAUUCUUCCAGCCAACGAAAGCUUCGGCCCCCUGCAGAUCUCUCUGGGGAGGACCGUGAAGGAUAUCUUCAAGUUCAUGGUCAUCUUCAUCAUGGUGUUCCUAGCCUUCAUGAUUGGGAUGUUCAACCUUUACUCUUACUACCUUGGUGCAAAGUACAACCCCGCGUUUACAACGGUAGAAGAAAGUUUUAAAACCUUAUUCUGGUCAAUAUUUGGCUUGUCUGAAGUGAUCUCUGUGGUGCUGAAGUACGACCAUAAAUUCAUUGAGAAUAUUGGAUAUGUACUCUAUGGAGUAUAUAACGUCACUAUGGUGGUUGUGCUGCUUAAUAUGCUAAUAGCCAUGAUCAACAACUCCUAUCAGGAAAUUGAGGAGGAUGCGGAUGUGGAGUGGAAGUUUGCACGUGCCAAGCUCUGGCUAUCCUACUUUGAUGAAGGAAGGACUUUACCUGCUCCUUUUAAUCUAGUGCCAAGCCCUAAAUCAUUUUAUUAUCUCAUACUGAGAAUAAAAAUGUGCCUCAUAAAACUCUGCAAAUCUAAGGCCAAAAACUGUGAAAAUGACCUUGAGAUGGGGAUGCUGAAUUCCAAAAAACGGAAAGUUCGUUUUCACUCUAGCAUUCAAAACACAGAGAGUUUUUCUGGGAAGAACGCUUAUACCAAGCCCACAAGAUACCAGGUGACAGCCCUACCUCCCUCUGGACUCUACUACCUUGGCCAUCUCCAGCACACCAAGAUAAUGAAGCGUCUGAUUAAGCGCUAUGUGCUGAAGGCUCAGGUUGACCGGGAAAAUGACGAGGUCAAUGAAGGAGAACUUAAAGAAAUCAAACAAGAUAUUUCCAGUCUCCGCUAUGAACUCUUAGAGGAAAAGUCUCAAGCUACUGGUGAGCUGGCAAAACUAAUACAGCAGCUGAGUGACAAGUUUGGGAAGACCUUAAAUAAGGACAUUUGAUGGUGAAUACUGAGAAAGACAACUUGUUUUCUAAACAUUGUUCAUUCUCAACCAGCAUCUUAG